AUGCAACCGGCCGCUCAACCGACCGUCCGACUGGUGUCGAGAGGUUACCGACCGUCUACCCACCUCCCGACCCUCCACCCUGUCUGCGGUGGCACCUGCUGCCGGUUCCUAAUCGGGAUUUUGUCACCACAAAUCGCAUAUCCAAUGUUACAGGCCGGCCCGAUGGGAUUGUCAGUCUGGCUGGAAAGAAUGGCGGAACCCCUUACCCUUGAGGGUCGUGAGUUGUGGCUGGCUUCCCCCUCGGUGUCUACGAGGUCAAUCGGAAGUAUGGCGUCGCAGCAGGCGUUGUUGUAUCCGGUCUGGGCAUGUGGUGGGGGUGCCAAACUCCCGCACUUGCUCAUGAGGGUGGCUACGCUCUUCGAGAAGGAUAGGCCAGUCGAUGAGAUCCAGGAUCUUGCAACGAAGAAAUGGCGACGGGCAUUACGUUCCAUGUAG